ACGGUUCGCAAGUCCCGAUGGGAGGCACGCAAUUAGCGAUUGAAUAUGACCGUGAAAAUGGUAUAUAUCUACCGGGUGAACUUGUGUCAGGGAGAAUUGUGGCAGAUUUUUCGUCACCGAAAGAGAUCAGAGGACUCCGAGUGAAGGUCGUUGGGGAGGCGAAAGUGAGAUGGACUGUAAAGCGAGGGAAGUCGCGGACAGUGUACCGCGGUGAGGAGAAUUACUUCUCCUCGCUGUUCCACUUGAUAGGAAGUGAUUCCGGUCCAACCAUCGAGCUUCCAGCCGGUCACCUGGUUUAUCCGUUUAGUAUUCAACUACCGAUGGGGCUACCUAACAGCUUUGAGCAUAAGAUUGGUCACAUACGGUAUACGAUCAAGGCCACUUUUGACAGGCCAUGGAAGUUCGAUCAUGAGGUCAAGGCUGCAUUCACAAUUGUUUCUGCCUAUAACUUAAACGAGAGACCGCAAGCUGCUCUGUCGAUCCACGGAAACAUGCAGAAGAGCUUUUGCUGCUUUUGUAUGGGCAAGGGAAAUUUAUCGGCAAUAAUAUCUAUUCCCUCGAGUGGAUUUGUGCCUGGUCAAAUCAUACCUGUUACUGUAGAAUGUGAAAAUAAUUCCACAGUCGAAGUGGAGCAGAUACAGGUUUCUUUGAGACAGAAGUUGAGAUUUGAAGCGAGCUCUCCGUAUCAUCGCUCCAAGAAAGUAGGAUCGAGUGUGAUAAAAUCGCAGUUCAAUGAACCGUUUGCUAACAAAUCCGAGGAGCCUGUUAUACUACCAUUGAAAGUUCCGGCGCUUCCUCCGUCCAAUCUUGAGUUCUGCGGGAUAAUCGACCUUGAUUACGUCUUGAGAGUAACGAUGUCUUUCUCCGGGGUGCACUGCGACAUCCACGAAGACUUCCCCAUCCUUAUUGGAACAGUUCCACUGUACGGGUCCUUCGACAUGUACAGCCCAAACGUCCGGGUGACCCCAUCACCUAGUGCACCACCCCUACAAAACCCUGCAGAUUUUACAAAUACGUCUUUCCCUGGUCACUCACAACCUAGUGACACACCGUCGCCUCCGUAUCCAAGUCAGGGUGAUCCACGCGAUUUACCUCCACCUUCUUAUGAACAGUGCAUGUAUGGUGCCCAAUCUAUCAAGGACACGGAGGAGUCCGAUUAUGUUCAGGCCGUUCCAUAUGCUCCGCGAUAUCCUGUGUACAACUACGACGCCGCUAACACAGCUUCUAGUGCUCCCAUCCGCGAAAAGCAGUGAAUGCAGAUGAACGCCCUUAAAGACAAAGUACCAAUCACUACACUAAGAUACUCUUGGGAACUACUCCGAACCAUUGCAUUUCGAUUAAAUCGUCAUCAGUUUCCAAGAAAAUUUUCGUGCUUUCAUUAGUUUUUUUCUUUAAGGGUGACGUUAUUCGCCGUUGACAAUUUCUUAAGUGCCUUGUGACGCACUUACAGAAAGUCUACAUAUUAUGUAUUUUUAAGACUAGUGUACGUAGCUUCAAAACUCUAUGUGAGUUACUUGUUGCAAUGUGUCGACGUAUAACUAAUUCACACUGCCUGUAACGAGUGCGAAGUUACUGAGCGCACAUUUGUUUCGAAUGUUACAAUCAAGAGACUUGACUGAAAAUAUAGAUAUCAACUGUACUGGCCCGAGAGCGCAGUCGCUUCAGUUUGGCAGGUUGCGUCAAAACGACCAACACUCGGUGUCGUUGCAACGACAUAUUGUUAUUUACACGGUGAGAAUUUUAUAGUAACGGCAACUAAAGUUACAGUUACGGUUACCAAAGAAACAUAGUAAAUAAGUGACAAUUAUGCCAUUUUGGUGCUCUAGAAUAUGUAAGCAUAGUAACGAUUACUAUGAUCACUCAGUAGCCACUUCAGUGGCACAUUGUAGCUAAUAACAUAUUCACGUAGUAGCGGCUACCAUAUUGACAUAAUUUCCAAAACUUUGCACAUAUUCUUGACAACAAUAAUACCGUUUACCAUGCUGUGAAUGAAUAAUCUCUGAGAUAACGACGAAAGCAUUAGAAAAGUGAGCCAGUGGUCGUUUAUGUCGACCUACUUCUUCGUACCACGUACGACCACGUACGAGUUCGGCAACUGUUAACAAUCGUCUCGAAAUUUUGUAAAGUAUCGGUCGAAUGCGAUGACACUGAAGGAUCCAGAAAAAUUGAAGUGUUUCUUACUUAAUUUUUUCGUUAAGAACGUGGCAAAGUUUCGUGGCGGAUGCACUGUAGUAUGUAGUUUGACAAGAUUCCAGACGACAUCAAGCCCAGAGCCUUGCCCGGAGCACACGAAAUCGUGCAGUAAGUUGCGUGCCGUCGCAUCGCACACACGAGCCGGAGACUCGCCCUACACGACUGCAUCGCCGUGACCUGUUGCCGCUGUGCGUUGGUGCACGGAUCACUCGUUUUCCGCUGUGUUCGCGACGGCCACGGCUUACUGCAUUUCGAGUGCUCACUGCUCCGGGCUUCGUACUUCGGUCCGUCUCGUCACGAACGACGCUGGAAUCCGCGUGCACGAAUCUCAAGUUCCGCAAUAGAUGAGGGGUGAAGUUUGAAAUUCCGAUUCAGUGGCUUUGUGUUUAUUCACGAAAAUGACUGGAACAAAAAUUUUAUAUAAUAAAAUACAAAGAAUGUGUUUAUUGUUAAUUGAUGUUCAUCGAUCAAUGAAAAUGUAAUUUAGGAAAAAUAAAAAAACUGGCAAGCCUCGAACCCGGGCCGCCAGCGUGCCAAGUCCCACUU